AUAGAUCAUCAAACUUUAAUUUUCUCAUUCAAUUCAUUUUCCUUUUAAUCCUAUACUUUCUUUCCUUCUUACUUUUUUUAAUUACUCAAAAAUGCCUACUAGAGCCUCAGUUGAUCUUUCUAAUAUCACUGAUUAUGUAGUAAAUGAAGGCCAUGGAGUAAAGGGUCUUUCAGAAAUGGGGCUUCAAAAACUACCUAAACAAUACAUUCAGCCAAUAGAAGAACGAAUUACAAAAAGCACUGUAAUUCUUGAUGAUCAAAUUCCAGUAAUUGACAUGUCCAAUUGGGACAUUGACAACAAAUUAGUAGGUGAAAAAAUAUGUAAUGCAGCUGAAAAAUGGGGCUUUUUUCAGAUUAUCAACCACGAUAUUUCUCUUGAAGUUCUUGAAUCUGUUAAGGAGGCGACAUAUAGGUUUUUUAAACAACCAGCGGAGGAGAAAAAUAAGCAUUCGAAGGAAAAUUCAUCGACGAAUAACGUGAGAUACGGAACGAGUUUUACUCCUAAAGCAGAAAAGGCUUUGGAGUGGAAAGAUUAUUUGAGUCUUUUUUAUGUUUCUGAUGAAGAUGCUGCUGCUCUCUGGCCUUCUGCUCUCAGGGAGGAAGCGUUGGACUUCUUGAGAAACUCUGAAGUUGUCAUCAAGAAACUAUUGGAAGCACUUAUGAAAGGACUAAACGUAAAAGAAAUAGACCAAACUAAAGAAUCACUUCUAAUGGGUUCAAAGAGGAUUAACGUUAACUACUACCCAAAAUGCCCUAAUCCUGAGUUAACCGUCGGAGUAGGUCGUCACUCUGACGUCUCAACACUAACGAUUCUUCUUCAGGACAAUAUUGGAGGACUUUACGUGAAAAAACUGGACAGUGACACUUGGGUACACGUCCCCCCAAUCCAUGGAGCUUUAGUGAUUAACAUUGGCGAUGCACUUCAAAUAAUGAGUAAUGGACGAUACAAGAGCAUCGAGCAUCGUGUUAUGGCUAAUGGUAAAAAUAAUAGGAUUUCUGUGCCUAUUUUUGUGAACCCUAAGCCUAGUGAUGUAAUCGGGCCUUUAGCAGAAGUGUUAACGAGUGGGGAGGAGCCAAUUUACAAACAAGUUCUUUACUCGGAUUAUGUCAAGCAUUUCUUUAGGAAAGCUCAUGAUGGGAAAGACACUGUUGAUUUUGCUAAAAUAGAUAAUUAAUAGUGGGUUUGCUCGAACAAAAAAUAGUGCUAGCAUAUAUUAAGCUAUAUGGUAUUUUUUCUAUUUCAUGUAUCUUGCUCAUUUACAACUUUUUUACUUUGUAAUGAAAUAAAAAGUUUAAUAUGA